UAUUUUCUAAAAAACCGAUCCCUUCCCACCAAAAAAAAAAUAUCUGUGGAAGUCAAAAAUGGAAAUUUAGGGUUCACAUUUUCUAGCGUUUGUGAGAUUUCCUAAAAGAGGAGACUUUUGGAGGUUUUCUCAUGUUUCUGUUGUAAGAUUUCUAGGGUUUUUGAGGGAACUCGAAGUUCUAGCAUUUUUAGGGUUUUUGGAUUCAAGGCAUUGCAGGGUUUCCGAGGAAUUCAAGGUUUUCAAUUCCUCUUACAAUGCCGUCUUGGGCCGAUUCUGUCGAAGCAGCACCAGAAACCCUAGCUGCUCCUCGUCCAACCCGUCCUUCGUACGUGCCUCCGCACCUGCGGAAUAAGAAUCUAACGCCUACCGAUAAUUUCCCGGUUCGGCAUUCGAACGAGAACUCGAAUUCAGCUGCCGGGUUAAACCGGUCCGGCAGCCGAGAAUUCGGCCGCCCGGGCCCUGGCCGGUGGGACCGCGGGCGAGCCCCUCGUGAACCCAACCCUUUUGAUGUUGCGGAUAAGAUGGCCGAAUUGGCGGUUUCCGAGGAGGACAGCAGCGUCGGGAUCAAUUUCGACGCGUAUGAAGACAUACCGGUCGAGAUGAGCGGUUCAGAUGUGCCGCCGUCCGUCAGCUCUUUUGCUGAGAUAGAUUUGGGUGAUGCGCUUAACCAGAAUAUUACGCGGUGUAAGUAUGUGAAGCCGACUCCAGUCCAGCGCCAUGCGAUCCCGAUCGCGCUUGCUGGGAGGGACCUUAUGGCCUGCGCCCAGACAGGGUCGGGGAAGACAGCUGCAUUCUGCUUCCCUAUCAUCAGUGGGAUCAUGCAGAAUGGUCCGUCACCGCCGCAGCGCCCAGUGCGCGGCGCAAGGACUGCAUAUCCACAAGCGCUCAUCCUGUCACCAACUAGGGAGUUGUCGUGCCAGAUACAUGAGGAAGCUAAGAAGUUCUCAUAUCAGACUGGUGUCAAAGUUGUUGUUGCAUAUGGAGGAGCUCCAAUUAAUCAGCAGUUGCGCGAUUUGGAAAGGGGUGUUGACAUUUUAGUUGCCACUCCUGGGCGUUUAGUGGAUUUGGUUGAGAGAGCAAGGGUUUCCCUCCAAGCAGUAAAAUACUUGGCAUUGGACGAGGCUGAUCGGAUGUUGGAUAUGGGUUUUGAGCCUCAGAUUAGGAAGAUUGUUGAGCAGAUGGACAUGCCUCGACCAGGUUUAAGGCAGACGAUGCUUUUCAGCGCCACCUUUCCAAACGAGAUACAGAGACUAGCGUCUGAUUUUAUGUCAAAUUACAUUUUUCUCGCUGUUGGAAGAGUUGGUUCAAGCACUGAUCUUAUUUCCCAGAGAGUUGAAUUUGUCCCAGAAAUGGAUAAAAGAAGCCACUUGAUGGAUCUCCUUCAUGCCCAAAGAGCGAAUGGAACCCAUGGCAAGCAAGCUUUGACUCUAGUUUUUGUGGAAACAAAGAGAGGAGCUGAUUCUUUGGAGCACUGGUUAUCUACGAAUGGCUUUCCUGCAACAGCAAUACACGGCGACAGAACACAACCAGAGCGAGAACAAGCUUUGAGAUCUUUCAAGAGCGGGGUGACACCAAUCAUGGUCGCAACCGAUGUCGCUGCACGCGGUCUGGAUAUCCCGCAUGUUGCACACGUCAUCAAUUUUGACCUACCGAAAGACAUUGAUGACUAUGUCCAUAGGAUUGGAAGAACAGGGCGUGCUGGCAAGAGCGGUUUAGCGACUGCAUUCUUCAGCGAAGGAAACCAGCCCUUGGCCAAGCCACUUGCCGAGCUCAUGCAGGAAGCAAACCAAGAGGUUCCCUCCUGGCUCAGUCGUUAUGCUGAGAGAUCCUCGUCUUAUUAUGGCGGUGGAGGAAGAAACCGCCGCUCUGGUGGUGGAAGGUUUGGAGGGCAUGACUACAGGAGGGAUGCCCCCCCGAGGGGAGGGAGCUCAUACUACAACUCUUAUGGUGGAGGUGGUGGUGCCAGCUCGUACAACUCCUAUGGCAGUGGUACUGGCGGCUCUUAUAACUCUUAUGGCGGAAGCAACGGUGCUUACAACUCUAAUGGCAGCAGCAGUGACCCUUACCCCUCUUCUCAUGGCUAUGAUCUUGGACAUGGAUCCAUUGUUGCGAGCGGCUGGGACUAAACAAGUACCUUCUCUUAUCUCCCUCUUUCCAUUUCUCAAGACUUCUGUUUUUGUUUCUACUAGUGCUUUUAGGCUGUAUAUAGUAGAGAAUACAGUUUGCUACAACACUAACUUCAGCAUGAGAUAUUCAUACAUAUGCAGAGCUUUGCAUUGCUCUUUUGGGGGGGAAUGGUUUCUGUAGUAGUCUCACCAGUUACUUAUUUUGACCUCUGAUUUGAGCCUGUUGAUCUGGCUUUUCUGCUCACACUGUCAUUUCCGAUUGUUGUGCGGAUGGUGUCGGUUCAAGGAUGAUGCGCAUCCUUCUUGUUGGUAGUGCAGCAGUUUGCACAGGUAUCUGUCAUUCCUUUUGUGAUUUGCUGUCAUGUCUUUGGAUAUAUGUAAAGCACUGGGAAUAUAUUUCUAGUAACAGCAUUUUGUGUUGGUUUUUGAGCCAUUUGACCUGUGACAUUGAUUGCAAGGAUAGCCUCUGUACUGAAAGCUGGAAUGUUGGAAAUGUUAUUGCCAUUUUAAAGUGAUGGAUGAGAAAAAGGGUCUUAAUAGUUUUGUUUGA